CUUUCCAUACCUCACCGCUCCCUGCCAUAUCGCUUCCGGGACUCGUCCUUUCUAUCUGGACAUAUCUUCAACACAAAGCCCAUCGACUUCCGCAACAGCUUGUAGUCCUUCGCGAGCUCCCGAGAGGCCAGAGAAAGAGUACGAAAGUUGGCUUUGGAUCGGGAACAGAAUCGAGUUGAUAGGAGGUCUACAACGCAACAGUCGAACAAGAUGGCUUCUACGGAACAACAGCAGCGUGUGCCUGGCACCAGCGAAGAGGAGCCUUUGCUCGGAGCACGAGGCGAUGCGAGCCAGGUAGAAGGUAAACCACUAUACCACAACUUCGUACUGGGUACAGGCGUAAUGGUCCAAGCAGGAGUAUGGGUCAUCGCCGCCAUAAUCUGGGGCGCCGUCUUCAGUAUCGACCUCAGUCUCUUCUCCGCCCACCCCCUUCUCAACUCCGCCGCCUUCCUCUUCCUCAUCCAAGCGAUCCUCAUCCUCCAACCUACCCACACCCGCAAGCAGAAGAAGCAAGGAACAUACGUCCACUCCGCACUCAACGGCACCGCAUUCCUCGCCGCUGUAGCCGGGCUGGUGGUCAUCGAGUACAACAAAUUCUCGCACAACGGGACGCACUUCGUUUCCACGCAUGCGAUACUGGGCUUGGUGACAUACAUUCUGAUCUUGAUCCAGGUGUUGGCUGGAGCGCUUAGCUUUUACGCACCGGGACUGCUGGGUGGCGAGGAGAAGGCGAAGGGUCUGUACAAGUAUCACCGUGUGGGCGGGUAUGUGACGACCGUUUUGAUGAUCUUUGCGAUUGGAGCGGCGACGACCACGGAUUUCAACGUGAAUGUACUGGGCAUUCAGCUUUGGGCCAUCGCCGUGGCGAGCGUGGUGCUCGUGGUCGGAUUGGCGGCGAGGAUCAGAUUGAGUAAGUUUGGUUGGUUGGCGGGGAAGUAAAGGGAGCUCCCUGACGAAGGACAAUGAGGUAUCAGGCGAGGAUGAUGCAAGAAGAACGCUUACGAAGCGAGAGGUUGUCUCGCUUCUU